AUGAGCUAAGAACAACUAAUCAUUAUACCAACAAAUUUGUAUUGUUUUUAACAAGAUUUGAAAUUUUCUUUGAAUGAAAUGUAGUCUGCUUAUCAAAUAUACUAAUUUAAAUAACAACAUAUACUUUUACAAGAUCUUAAAUUUGGAAUUAGCUUUAAAGAGGUAUUAUAAUAAUAGUUUAAUUUAGUUAGAAAAUCGUGAUUUCUAUUUGUCAGCCAAUUCAAUGCUAAUUAAGACAAUCUAAGUUUCAAACAGCAAAUAUAUUGAAUUUAUGGAAAUGAUAUAAUAGUUUGAUGUUCAUUCAAAAUUAGUAAAUUUUUUAUUUCUUGGGUUUAUUUGA